AUGGCUCAUUGGAGUCAAAUUGGUGGACGAGGGCCGAACCCAAUCUCAUCCACGAUGGCCGUCGCGUUGAAUGAUGGCACAAUCCGUGCGCUUUUCGAGGAGAUCGCGGAUCCUUCAGGUGAUGAAUUUUGGGAAAUUCGCGUUUCUCGGCAGAGGCAUCAUCCGAUCUUUGGCGUUCAAUUCGUCGGUCGGAUUUUGUCUCUGCUGACCCACUCUGAUCCCGAUUUCCGUCUUCUAAUUUUGGACGGUAUCGAAGCUUUGUGUCGCAGGGCCACCUUGCCACAUCAGGAUCUUCCGCGUCCAUGGAGUGAGUGGAUAUUACUCCCAUGUUUCAGCGAGCAUCUGACGGCAGCAAUGUUAGGCCAGGACGAGGAGGUGGGGAUGGGUGUGGCAUUGCUGGUGUCCGAGCUAGCUGUCGAUGGCUUAGGGACGAGUUUGCCACGUGCCGAAUUUUUCUUGCGUGGUUGGUUCCAAGUCUUCUUUAGGCUUGUGGACCAAUCUUCGGAUUUGUUUCAAAUCGAAACCUUGUUGCGACGCAUGGCAAUUCUAGUCCGAGGGGGGGUUAGGAUUUAUGAUGAAGAGGGUUUCUUCGGAGAUCCUCUUCAUGAGGCUACUUUGGAAAGGGUUUAUAGACCCUUUUUCCAAAGGAUAAGUCCUCCUCAGCACGUUGUAUGGCGAAAUAGCGAUACAGCUGAAUCCGUGUUGUUGGUGGUGGCGGCUUUCCUCGCUAGCCCUCGGGCGGUGAGGUGUGCGUCGGAGUUCGACUUGGUCCGGCGUUUCGAGCCGGAUAGUCAAUAG